AUGUCAUCGGGAUUCCACCCUUUCGGAGGACGAGUGAGCAGACGUUUUGGUGACAAGUCGCUUCAUCCGGAUGAUGCCUAUCUCAGCUAUCACGACAUUCGAUUGACGGUCGAAGACGUUGAUUGCAUCAAGAACGACUGGCUAACCGACAAUGCCAUCGCCUUCUGGGAAGAAUACCUCGAACACGAAAAGCUGAAUGCCUACCCCAAAGCCCGCAUCGUCCUCCUCCGCCCCAGCAUGGCCUUCAUGCUCCUCCAAACCAACGAUCCCAUGAGCCUGAAGUCCGCCCUACCGAGCUUUGAACACACAACCCACAUCUUCCUCCCCGUAAACGACUGCCGCGACGUCGAAACAGCAGAAGGCGGGUCCCACUGGAGUCUCCUUCUCGUCAGUGUGGUCGAUGGAGUAGCAUUCCACUACGAUUCCCUCUGCCCAUCCAACAUGGAAGAGGCCAAAAUGCUGUCACACCACAUCUCGCAACUUCUACAAAAGCCGCUCAAGUUUGUGAAUUUGGACGAUUCGCCGCAGCAAGAGAAUGGAAGUGAUUGUGGUGUGUUUGUGUGUUUGCUCAUGCAACAUUUGUUGCUUGGACGAUUGUUGCAGGCUCAUGCGCAAGAUAAGGUUAGCAUGAGUAUGAAGGGCAAACACGUGGAUGCUGCUGGCGGUAGGAAGGAGAUGUUGAGGGUGAUUGAAAUGUUCAGAAAGGAAGGAGAGAGGAGACGCUCGUGA